ACACCACAGAGCUGUUAUCUUCCGGUGUGUUGCCGGGGCAACAGUGCCCACAACAACAGGCCUGGCGAAACAUUCAUUUCAGUGACAGAGAGGUCGUCCUGUUUGAAGAAAGUAAAAUAUUUGAAAGAGGUCACCAUGAGCCAACGACAGAUCAUUCAAGUCUUUGAGCAGUACCAGAAAUCCAGAAUGAGUUUUGUCCAAACCAUCUCGGAUUUGGCAACCAGGUCGCAAAACAUAGAAAUCCUUCACAACGCAGGUGUAAUGGCUCUACUGCGUCCUCUGCUCCUGGAUGUGGUACCAGGCGUCCAGCAAACGGCAGCUUUGGCUCUGGGCCGCCUGGCGGACAGCAGCGACAGCCUGGCAGAGGCUGUGGUGAAGGAGAACAUCCUGCCUGACGUGGUCCAGUCUGUGACCUCCCACAACAGGUUCCAUAAGAAGGCUGCGGCGUUUGUGCUCCGUGCCGUUGCCAAACACUCCCCUGAGCUGUCCCAGGCCGUGGUGGACUGUGGGGGGGUGGAUGCUUUGGUCCAAUGCUUGAUGGAGUUUGACCCCGGGGUGAAGGAGGCCGCCGCCUGGGCUCUGGGCUGCGUCGCACGGCACAAUGCAACUUUGUCACAGACGGUGGUGAAUGCUGGAGCCGUCCCCGUCCUGGUGUUGUGUCUGCUGGAGCCAGAGAUGGCCCUCAAACGCAUAGCAGCCUCCACACUGAGUGACAUCUGCAAACACACGCCCGAGCUGGCCCACGCCGUGGUGGACGCCGGCGCCAUCCCACACCUGGCACAACUGAUCCUCAGUCGAGACACCAAACUUAAGAGGCAGGUGUUCUCCGCUCUCAGCCAGAUUGCGAAGCACUCAGCCAGCCUGUCGGAGAUGGUGGCUGAGGUCGGCGUGUUCCCCGCGGCCAUGACCUGCCUCAAAGAUCCGGAUGAGUACGUGCGGAAGAACGUGACCACUCUGAUGAGAGAGAUGGUGAAGCAGACAGCAGAGCUGUCUCAGCUGGUGGUAAACUGUGGUGGCUUGGGGGCGGUGAUCGACUACCUGGGCGACUGCAGUGGAAGCCUGCGGCUGCCGGGGAUCAUGAUGCUGGGAUAUGUGGCGAGUCACAGUGAAAGCCUCGCCAUGGCGGUUAUUCUCUCCAAAGGCGUGUCCCAGUUGGCUGUGUGUCUCUCUGAGGAGCCAGAGGAUCACAUUAAGGCCGCCACCGUCUGGUCUAUUGGUCAGAUUGGACAGCACACCCCUGAUCACGCCAAGGCGGUGGCCAUGGCCAACCUGCUGCCUAAACUUCUCAAGCUCUACAUGGAUGCCAGCAGCUCCGAGGACCUGCAGGCUAAGAGCAAGAAAGCUCUGAAGAGCAUUUUGCAGAAGUGCACCCACCUGCCGGCUCUAGAACCGCUCCUCUACGACGCUCCCAGCAAAAUCCUCAAACACGUCAUGUGCCAGUUCAGCAAGGUGCUGCCUCACGACAGUAAGGCCCGGCGCCUGUUCGUCACCAGCGGGGGGCUGAAGAAAGUGCAGGAGAUCCAGGCUGAGCCCGGUUCUGUUCUGCAGGAGCACAUCAACGCCAUCAACAGCUGCUUCCCUGAGGAGAUAGUGAGGUACUACUCCCCCGGUUACUCAGAGGUCCUGUUGGAGCGUUUAGAGAACUACCAACCAGCCUGAAGGAAAUGCAUAACAUGAAACUGUGCAGCAACAUUAAAAAUAUUUUCUGAUUAUUA